AUUUGCCCUAGGUUUUCAUACUCCACUUCUUUUUCCCCAAAACCCUUGUACCACCUCUUCCAAAAAUCCCCGAAAGCUUUACUUUUUUCCAGAUCUUCAACAAUGAAGAAAAGACUGAAAGAAUCCAAAACAACAACAAUUAUCAACAACCCAAUAACCCAAAGUUGCAAAGGCACUUCUUUAAUAAAGCAUUUAGCUUCAUCAAAAGCUUCAAUAAGGUCAAAAGCCUUUAAACAUAUUCAAGAAUGGCUAUUAACACAAAAAGAAAUAGCUGAUGAUGAUAUGAAGAAGUUAUGGAAGGGUAUUUUUUACUGUUUAUGGCAUUCUGAUAAGCAACAAGCACAGAGUUUAUUGAUUACUCGUAUUUGUGCUAUAGUGAAUUUUCUUGAUUUGGGUGUUGUUUUUCAGUAUUUGACUGGGUUCUUGAUUACCCUUCGUCGUGAAUGGAAUGGUAUUGAUCAUUUAAGAUUGGAUAAGUUUUAUUUUCUUAUUAGGAUGUUUCUUAGAACUGUUUUUCUGCUGUUGAGGAAGAGGUAUGGAUGGGAUUUGGAUGUUGUAGGGAAGGUUAGUGGGGUUUUGGAGGAUAAGGGGUUGUUUUCGGGUAAGGAUGGGUUGUUGGGACAUGGGGUUAGUUAUCAUAUUUCUUCUGUUUUUGUUGAUGAGCUAAAAGGGUGUUUUGUUCCGGUUAGAGAGGAUGUCGUUGUUUGUUUGUUUACGCCUUUUUUGAGUGUAAUGAGGAGGUCUGAGGAUAAGGUUAUGGUUGGGAAAGUGAAAAGUUGUGUUUUUGAGGAGUUGUUGAAGGCGGGGAGGGGGUUGUUGGAGAGGAGGAGGAAGGGAGGUGUGGAGGGGGAGGGGGAUAAGAGCGAGAGCUACGGUGAUAUGGCGUUAGGGAUUAUUGCGUUGAAGACAGGUUUUUCAGGGAAGCUUUUUGAGGUUGGUUCGGCGGUGGAUUGUGUUCAGGGUAAUAGGAAGGUGGUUUUGAAGUUGCACGAGGAGUUCUUGAGGUUGGAGAAGGAGUUUGAAGCGUCGGGGAUUGAGUUUAGUCUGCCUGAGAUAAAUGAGGUUGUUGAGGAUGAUGAAGAGGUUCCUGAAUUAAUACCGAUUGAGAAUAAUAGUUUGACUGGUGAAGCGGGUGAUUCCGAAGUGGCUAAGGAUGAUGAUGAUGAGGCUUUGAGGAAAUGCAAGAAGGCGAAGAGAGAAGAGGAUGGAGGCGGUAAAAAGGCUAGGAAGAAGGAAAAGAAGGUUUCCAAGAUUGACACACUGGUUGAGGAAAAUGGGACCAAUGAGCUCGAGAGUAGUAAACGAAGGGAGAAGAAGAAGAAGAAGAAGAAGAAGAAGAAAAACGGGCUUUCGGACGAGGAGAACAUCUCAACUGGUGAGAAAGAGGAGAAUAUGAUUAGUACUAAUGGUGAUGGUUCCAAUAAUGAGCUGGUAAUUGAGAACAAAGUGAUUUUUAAUGAACAUAUGAUUUCAAAUCUUCAGAUGCAGUUCGAAAAGGUUGCUGCUGAAGUUGCUUCAGACGAUGACGAGGAUGAUGAUUCAUCUUACACGCCUACAAUUCCUAUGAGAAAGAAGAGAAAGAGAGGAAACAUUGUUGAGGGAAACGAGUCUUGUAUCCCUGUCGUAAGUGGUGAAGGGGAUGCUGGUACAAAGAGCGCGGAGAAAAGUUCAAAGAAGGUUAGUUUUGCUAUGAAGAACAACCUGGUGUGGAAGCCAAACAGUCCAAUGCCUCCACAAGACUUACGGCUGCCACCUACGCUUACUCCCCGAGGCAGUGCUUUGAAGAAAGGAGUGCCUCCUGGCCCCAUAAGAGAGAUGCUUCCCUCCACGAAGAAGAUGAAGCAGAAAAAGAAAGUCCGCAAGAUACUAAGGACUGUUUCCCCUGCCAUGAAGCGACUGAAAAGGGUGAAAGUUAUGUCUUCUUAGUAAACUUCGAGUUGACAGGUGCUUGUUCGUUAACUAUUUUUCGAAAAAGCUUAUUGUGUUAUUGGAGAUUUUUUAGAUCACAUCCGGGACUUCACAUUUGUUCUGCUUAGGAUUUUUGGUAGCCUUUCGUUAGACACUAAAGUUCGUUCCUUUGAAGAAAUUUGUUCUAGAAAAGUUGGUCUUUGAAUUACUAUGUUGUUGUAUGACCACCGUGUUAAAUGCGCUUAUACUUUUCUUUUUA